CAGCUCUUGGUGGUCGGUUGUCGCCGCAACGACGGCCUAUCGCCCGCAUAGGCGCAUGAGCAUGGCCCAAUGAGCCGAGGUAUGGGUAUCUAGGAUUGCACCAAUGGAUGACGCGGCUAAGCGAGUCGCCAGGACACCUGCCAAUCACCCACCGCUGGAUGCUUAUUCGCUCACUAUUCUGCUAUAUGAACACAUACCAAACAGCGAAAGCAUUCCGUAACGUCCAACGACGAUGCUGACUGAAUUCGUCACCGUUUUUGUUAAAAUGCACUGUGCGCCAUUUUGCGCGCCACUUUUAAAAUUGCGCGUUCGUUUUGGUUUGCUGCCUGUUGUGGCACUGUUUUGGCGACAAUCCUGCGAAUAUGGAUGGCUACAUACAUGCUGGACAGGUUGUUCCGGCUCAAACAAUCCUUCAACCAAUGCAACAGACACUGCUGAUGGACGCAAACGGUACGCCUCAGCCGACAACUUUUGCUGUUCAAGCGAGCGACGGGAGCCUUAUUCCUGUACAGCUUGCGACUUCCGCGGGAGGUGGACAAGUUAUAAUGUUUCUGCCAAGCGCAGCGCAGCAAACCAUCUACACAACUCAACCUAUUGUUUCGGGAACGGCUACGGCAUUGGAUGCAAGCCUGACCUCUCAGCAAGGUCAAAUUAUCGGCACUUCUGUCGAUGAUGAAAACCAUAUACUCCAGCAGCUGCAACAGACCACCCAAGUUCAACUUAUUCAUCAGACGCAGGCAACUGCGAUGCCACAAGCUGUCCCCACAGCGCAGGUUGUGCAGGUUUCUAGUCCCAAGAGUGAUACUCAAGCACAGGCAAUCGGAACUCCUCAGACUGCUCCUGGUCUAUCGCCCGGUGCAACUCCGGGAGGCGAGGAACCUUUAUAUGUCAACGCCAAGCAAUAUCACAGGAUUCUGAAACGUAGACAGGCUCGUGCUAAGUUGGAGUCACAAGGACGCAUCCCAAAAGAACGGCAAAAGUAUCUGCACGAGUCGAGGCAUAAGCAUGCGAUGAAUCGAAUCAGAAGCUCCGGAGGACGAUUUUUUUCACAUCCAAGCUAUGGGGACGCCGAACACGCAUCAACGAAGACCCAAUAAGCAACUCUGGGUGUUGUUCUUGCUGUGAAACGUGACGCGUAACCUACUGUCAGCACUACGUCGUUUAUAAUGUGACGUGCAUUCAGGAACCCGUACGUCAACACAUCGCACUCGUUCCCCACACCUACUCAGAAGGCGCUCGACAAUUUGCCGGACUCGCUAAAGAAUCUUUCUGUGUGUUUUUGUUUUAUUUUGUCCACUCUGGCUGACUUCUCCGUACGUGAGUCAUCACGCUUGUUGCUACCACCGCAGUUAUUGUUGUAGUUCAUCGGAGCGAGGGAAGCAGACUGAAAGAGCAACUUUUUGUAUAUCUCCUUCCUCUAUGUUGUCUACUCUCUGACCCUUUUCCUGUACAUAGAUUGACCACUCUUACCUGUCAGUUUACAAUCUACAGCCCGACAGCGC